AUGACUUUGGCUCUAGAGAAUUACAUUGACAAAAUGUUGAAACGUUUUGGAUAUAGUGAUAUGUAUCCUCAGAGAACGCCAAUGGUGACAAAAGAGAUUGUAGGUUCUCUUUUGUAUCUUGCUAACACUGUACGUCCCGACAUAGGAUAUGCGGUAAAGGUGUUAAGUCGACAUCAAAUUAAUCCCACUGAUGAGGAGUGGAAAAUGAUGAAACGAGUUUGUAGAUACCUGAAACUCGCCAAAAGUCUGGGUCUUAAGUUUGAAGGAAAGCUCGAUGAUUUGCAAGGUUUUUCAGAUGUCAGUUUUGCUGACUGCAAAGGCUCGAUUACAACGGGUGGAUUUGUAAUCAAACUUUAUGGUGUCACAGUAGCGUGCAAAAAAAACCAUAAACAGUCCUUCGUAACUUUGUUGACUUGUCAGGCUGAGUACGUAGUGAUGAGCAAAGCUUAUCAAGAAAUGGUAUCUUUGCAAAAUUCGUUGAGCUUCAUUCUAAGUGACUCUUUUUCGCCUAUGACUAUUUGGUGA